AGGGCUGAAUUUUGGGAUGAGUGCACUUGACGAUAUGAAUCAUCUGAAAAAUAAACGUAUUUGUCCUGUAAUCUCCUAGUAUAUGAAAGCGCGAAAAAGUGCUUCAAAGUGUGUAAUUCGAUUUCCUUCACUUUCAUUCCAUAGCCAGAAAAAUAAAUUGUUGAAAUCAAAAUCAUUUAGGUUGAAAAAGAUUCAACAACGAAAAGAAAGAUCGAUUCUCUGUAACACAACUCAACGGGAUUCCCCUCUUUGUUUGUUUGAUUCGAAUAAGAAGAGCCUAUUGAGUUAUUAAGAAUCAUAAUGAAGAAAAAAAAAUGACUGUCAAAUUAAAAUUUUGCAUGGAUAUAAUAAUGUGGUAGCUUUGGAACUCUUCAAAAGUCAUACACACUUGAGAAAACUUCAACUUUGAAGUUUGUAUUACAGGCAAUCAUGUUCUGUUUUAAUAGUGACAAAAGAUUCCUCAAGUAUACAUUUUGGAAGUAGCUACAAUGCAUAUUACAAACUAUAAAUGCUCCAUGGAGUUCAUAAAUUAUUCAUCAUUUGAACAAAAAGCAUAGUAGCUGCUCUUGAGCCAAGAAAAAAGAAAAAGAUGGAUUCCAAGAGCUUCAAUUGUUCUGUGGUCGCGUUUGUUUCCUGCUUGAUUUUAUCUCUUUCAGUCUCGGCCUUGGCCAAACGACCACCCUCCUGUCCGCUAAAAGUAGGUUACUAUUACUACACUUGUCCAAAUGCUGAAGCCAUUGUGAGAAAUGUUGUGUACAAAGCCGUUUCUCGUAACCCAGGCAUAGCUGCUGGCCUUAUCAGGCUACAUUUUCAUGACUGCUUCGUGAGGGGAUGUGAUGCAUCUGUGCUAUUGGAUGGGCCGAAUUCAGAAAAGGAAAGCAUAGUGAACAAAAACAGUUUACGAGGCUUUGAGGUGAUUGAUGCAGCUAAAAAGCAGCUCGAGGCUGCAUGCCCUGGAACAGUCUCGUGUGCAGACAUUCUUGCCUUUGCUGCUCGCGACAGUUCCAACAAAGUCGGGAAAAUAAACUAUGAUGUCCAAGCAGGACGUCGUGAUGGGCGUGUUUCUAUCAAGGACGAGGCCUUGGCCAAUCUUCCCUCUCCGUUUGUCGGUGUCAAGGAACUAGUCAAGAACUUUGCAAGAAAAGGGAUGUCAGCUGAUGAAAUGGUGACCCUCUCUGGUGCACAUUCUAUUGGUAUUGCUCACUGUGCUGUUUUCGCGAGCCGAUUAUACCCUCAAAACAAGCAACAAAAUCUGCCAAUUGAUCCCGAAUACGCAAGGAUGUUAAAGUCCAUUUGUCCACCAGAAGCACUUACAAAUGGAACAGGAGUAGCUAAUCCUGCUAAUCUUGAUGUUCUAACACCAAACAAAUUGGAUAACAGAUACUACAUGGAUUUGAAGAGUAAGAAGGGACUUUUAGUUUCUGAUCAAACAUUGAUGAGUGAUCCUAAAACCGCUAAAAUGGUGAACUUUAACGCAAGGUAUGGUCGCGUGUGGGGUAAGAAAUAUGCGGAGGCUAUGGUGCAUAUGGGUACUUUGGACGUCCUCACGGGGCGGAAGGGUGAGAUCAGGAAGAACUGCCAUUUUGUGAACUAAUUUGUGUCAUCGUGAAUCAGGAAGAACUGCCUUGUUGUUAACUAAUUUCUUAUUUUUUUUCGCCUUUAGAGUUUUGUAAAGCUCUCGGGUAUUAUUUCAGCUUUCUUGUUAUUGUUAUUAUGAGUUGUAAACAUCCCAUUUAAGUGAGGAUGUUUUAAUCUUUGUUCAAUUGUAACAGAUGAAUCUUCUUAAUAAAAGUUAUUCUUGAUUGGAA